AUGCGUCUCGUGAUCUUGUCAGUGGCUACGAUUCUCGCAUCUGUCGUCGGUGUGUCCCUGGCUAGGGCCCCCGACACGGCCGUACUAAGUCCACCCACUACAAGACUGGGGCUGCUCAGAAACAGCAACGACAACGAUGAAGAGAGGAUGAUCAGUUUGUACAAAUUCAAGAAUAUAUUCCGGUCAGGAAACAAUGAAAACAACCAAUUGACGGUCUGGCUGAAGGAUAAACAGUCUGCAGACAAGGUUUUUGGCCUACUCAAGCUAGACGAUGGGGCGGACAAUGUUCUAACGCACUCGAAAUUCAAGGCGUGGGAAUCUUACAUUUCCAUGUUCAACAACAAGUACCCGAAUGACGAAAUGCACAUGAUUGACAUGCUUACCAAGCGCUAUGGAGAUGACGUGGUGUCCAGAAUGAUAGAGGCAGUCAAAACCAAACCGGGUAUGGAAAAGCUAGCGGGAAAACUGCAAACAGAUCUGUUUCGAGGCUGGUUCAGACAGAGUAAAUCCCCCGACGAUGUGCUCAGAAUACUCAAGCUUGACGACCCUGCAAAUAUCGACAAAGGAAACUUGGACGCGUGGCUCAAGUUUCUGGAUGUGUUUAACAAGCGCUUUCCGAAUAGUAGAACUAACAUGCUUGACUCAUUUGAGCGCGCGUACGGGAAUGAGAUAGGUCUGGCGAAAAAGCUUGCAACAGUGCAAAAACCAAAUGGCGCCCAACCCAACGACGUGGAAGUCGCGCUAUUUUCGAAGUGGCUCAAGAAAAAGAUGAACAGAAAGGCAGUCGUGACGAAGGUGUUCAAAUUACAAGAGGGCGAGGAGCUGAAGGAUAAGAACCUGGCGGUUUUUCUGCUCCGCUUCAGUAGCUACUACACAAAUGCGCCAAAGCCCCACAAGCGAGUUCGUUUUAAUUCACAGGUAGUAGUUCUGGGCCAAUAG